UUGCAAAUUAUCAACAUUACUUUUCACUUUCUUGGUCUUUUCUUUGUCGCUGCACUUUAAAAACUUAUUCAAACUCGUCUCUCCGAGCUUAAAAGACUACAGCAGAGGUUAAACUAUCAUCUUAUUUAUUAUAAAUGCCUUUUUCUGUGUGUUUUUUGAGGUGACAUCACAAUGCUGGAGCUACUUCCGGGUCUGUGAUGUUCAGACUGGCUGGUCUCUGCAGAGCAGCACGCAGGACGGUCUGCAGCGCCGCCGACGACAUGGCCAAGGGCAAGUUCUUCUACGCUGUGCAGAAGGGAUUCAAACCAGGAGUGUACACCUCAUGGGAUGAAUGUAAGAGCCAGGUGGACAAAUUUCCAGCCGCCUCUUUCAAGAAGUUUGCAUCAGAGAAAGACGCCUGGGCGUUCUUCAGAGGGGUGGAACCCUCUCCACCAGAGGUGAAGAAAGUCUCUCAGUGUGUGGAGUCGGCCGUCGCUCUGCUUCCUAAAAGAGGCCCGGAGCCUCUGGAGUACAUCCCCAUCGGUAAGAAGAGGUGUCACUCGGACAAGGAUGCGGAGUCCUCUCCAAAACGAGUCAAACAGUCGGAGAGCUCGUCUUCAGAAAGCGCAGACGGAUACACAUACAUGGGCGACGCCGUGGUCGUUUACACCGACGGUUGCUGCUCACGCAAUGGACAGAAGGGAGCCCGAGCCGGCAUCGGAGUGUACUGGGGCAACAACCACCCACUAAAUGCUGCCGAACCGCUGGAGGGAAGACAAACCAACCAGCGUGCAGAAGUACAGGCAGCCUGCAAAGCGCUGGAACAAGCCAAAGAGAACAACAUCAAGAAGUUGGUCCUCUACACCGACAGCAAGUUCACGAUCAACGGUGUGACCAGCUGGGUGAAGACCUGGAAGCUGAACGGCUGGCGGCUGAAAUCCGGAGGUCCGAUCACCAACAAGGACGACUUUGUGAAGCUGGACCGACUGAACGCAGAGCUGGAGGUGGUCUGGAUACACAUUCCGGGUCACGCCGGCUUCAGAGGCAACGAGGAGGCCGACAGGCUGUCGAGAGAAGGAGCAGCGAAGUCUCUACAGAAGAAAAGCUCAUGAGGUCAAAGAGACGCUCUGCUGCAGGACUAUUCACGUGUUAUUUCACUGGUUUAUCCGCCAGUUUGCUGCUUUUAUUCACAGGUUUGAUUCUCUGCUCGACGGCUGAACUUGUGACUGAACAGAAACCCGGAGAGAAAGAAGUCUGAGAGGUUUUUAUGUUAAAUGUAGAUUUUUGUUUGUGUUUUCUGCUUUAAAUAAAGUUUCUGCUUCAGUUG